GCCCCCGGAGCCCCCCGGGUGUCCCUACACCGCCAGCACUGCCUCCCGCCGGGGGCCGUCACUGCAGGAGACGCUGAGGUGGCGACAGACAAGGUUGCAGGCAAGCUGAGCUCCACUCUCUCAUGGGUGAAGAACACGGUAUCACACACUGUCAGUCAAAUGGCCAGCCAGGUGGCGAGCCCAUCUGCCUCCCUGCACACUACAUCCCCCUCCACCACUCUGUCCACACCCGCCCUGUCACCAUCCUCACCAACACAACUGAGCCCAGACGACUUGGAAUUACUCGCUAAACUUGAGGAACAGAACAGACUCUUGGAAACAGAUAGCAAAUCUUUACGAUCAGUAAAUGGGUCAAGAAGAAAUAGUGGGUCUUCUCUUGUAUCUAGUUCAUCAGCUUCUAGCAAUCUCAGCCAUCUUGAAGAGGACUCGUGGAUCCUUUGGGGGAGGAUUGUGAAUGAAUGGGAAGAUGUACGGAAAAAGAAAGAAAAGCAAGUUAAGGAGCUGGUUCGAAAAGGGAUACCUCAUCACUUCAGAGCAAUUGUCUGGCAACUUUUAUGCAGUGCCCAAAGCAUGCCAAUCAAGGAUCAGUAUUCAGAGCUUUUAAAAAUGACAUCUCCUUGUGAAAAAUUAAUAAGAAGGGACAUUGCUAGAACAUACCCUGAACAUGAUUUUUUUAAAGAAAAAGAUAGCCUUGGGCAGGAGGUCUUGUUCAACGUAAUGAAGGCUUACUCUUUGGUGGAUCGUGAGGUUGGAUACUGUCAAGGAAGUGCUUUUAUAGUUGGAUUACUGCUUAUGCAGAUGCCAGAAGAAGAGGCAUUCUGUGUGUUUGUUAAAUUAAUGCAAGAUUACAGACUACGAGAACUCUUUAAACCAAGCAUGGCUGAACUGGGCCUUUGUAUGUACCAGUUUGAAUGCAUGAUACAGGAACAUCUUCCGGAGCUUUAUGUGCACUUUCAGUCUCAGAGUUUUCACACUUCUAUGUAUGCAUCGUCAUGGUUUUUAACUAUAUUCCUUACAACUUUUCCACUACCAAUUGCAACGAGAAUAUUUGAUAUCUUUAUGUCUGAGGGUUUAGAGAUAGUAUUUCGAGUAGGUUUAGCAUUGCUUCAGAUGAACCAGGCAGAAUUACUGCAACUUGACAUGGAAGGAAUGUUACAGCACUUUCAAAAGGUCAUUCCACAUCAGUUUGACAGUGGUCCAGACAAAUUAAUCCAAGCAUCUUACCAAGUCAAAUACAAUGCAAAAAAGAUGAAAAAGCUAGAAAAAGAGUACACUACAAUAAAGACAAAAGAAAUGGAAGAACAAGUUGAAAUUAAAAGGUUACGAACUGAAAAUAGACUCCUAAAACAGCGCAUUGAAACACUAGAAAAAGAAAGUGCUUCCUUGGCAGAUAGAUUGAUACAGGGACAAGUGACAAGGGCCCAGGAGGCUGAGGAAAACUACCUCAUAAAACGGGAGCUGGCCACCAUCAAACAGCAGAGUGAUGAGGCCAAUACUAAACUGGAGCAAGCUGAGAAUACCAUCAGGGAGCUCCAGCAACAGCAGCAAUGGCAUAAAUGCAGUUCACGAUACAGUGAAGACUUUGUGCUACAGCUGGAAAAAGAGCUGGUCCAAGCCAGGCUGAGUGAAGCAGAAUCCCGUUGUGCCCUGAAGGAGAUGCAAGAUAAAGUUCUAGAGAUGGAAAAGAGGAACAGCUCUCUCCCUGAUGAGGAAAAUGUUGCCAGACUACAAGAAGAACUGAUUGCAGUAAAAUUAAGAGAAGCAGAAUCUUUGAUGGGUCUCAAAGAACUAAGGCAGCAAGUCAAAGAUUUGGAGGAACACUGGCAGCGUCACCUAGCUCGUACCACUGGAAGAUGGAAAGAUCCUCCCAGAAAAAAUGCAGUGAAUGAGUUACAGGAUGAGCUGAUGACAGUGCGGCUGAGAGAAGCAGAAACUCAGGCUGAGCUGAAAGAGACCAAACAAAGAAUGAUGGAGGUGGAGACACAGAAUCAGAUCAAUAGUAAUCACUUACGAAGGGCAGAGCAAGAGGUUACCAACCUCCAGGAGAAGGUGCAGUAUCUUUCUGCACAGAACAAAGGACUUCUGGCUCAGCUGAAUGAAGCAAAGCGUAGACAAGCAGAGAUUGAAUGCAAGAGUAAAGAAGAAGUGAUGGCAGUACGGCUCCGUGAGGCAGACCGCAUUGCAGCUGUGGCAGAACUCCAGCAGCAUAUUGCUGAAUUAGAAAUCCAGAAAGAAGAAGGAAAAAUUCAAGGGCAGCUUAAUAAAUCUGAUUCUAACCAGUACAUCAGAGAACUGAAAGAUCAGAUAGCUGAGCUGCAUCAUGAGAUCAAAUGUCUAAAAGGCCAGAGAAACUUCUCAGACCAACCCACUUUUGAUGGGAUUCACAUUGUCAACCAUUUCACAGGAGAUGAUGAAUCAUUUCAUUCUUCUGAUGAAGAUUUUAUAACUAACUCCAUACAGGAGAGUGGGGUGAACUUUCAUCUUCCCAGGAGGACUGGUCAGAUGUCUUUGGAUGACACUCUUGUAGACAGCAGUGACAGUGAUACAGAGGAAAGUGCCCUUCAAACUGGGAAUUCAGACAAGAUGGUUUCUAAGCAGAGAAGAAUGGAAUCUUACUCUACUACUGUGUGAUUAUCACUGUGACUAGCACUGAAGACUUCCAUAUUUCUUGAAGGCUGAAAUUGUGAGGGAACUGAAACCAUCCAGCAGUUGGUUUAGGUAACUAUUGGAUUUGGUCUGGCCUGUGAUAUAUAUAUAUAUAUACACGUUAUGUCUAUCUGCCUUCUCUCUUUGCCAAAUCUUGCUAAUGAGAUACCAUUGCCAUAAAACAGGCUGGGAAGAAGUUGAUGGAUGAAAGUUUUGACAGUAUUACUGAAUGUUCUUUGGUUUAGAAACUGCAAAUAUAUUAUUUCUUUAAUGUGUAAGAAGCAGUUUUGCUGUUCACAAACACAGGAAUUAUUUUCCUCAAAAGAAAUUGCUUUUGUGCAAUAUUUUAUGCUCUGAACAAAUGUGUAUGUUUUACAUUGUUAUCCUUUUGUGAUCAAGAUGGACCCUAGUAAACCAUCUGAUCAUGACACAUAUAUAUAUUAUCUUAUGCUUCUCAAUUAGUUUUGGUUUUUUACUAAAGUUAUUGGAUGCCCACAGAAGGCUUGAAAGACAAGUCUUUAUCUGUACUACUUCAUAUAUGCAAAUAAUGGUCACUAAUGUCAUAAAGGUGUUUUUCACAAUUUUCACCUAAAUCUAUGUGCAUCUGCUUUUGAUGUUGCUAAAUAAUAAAAGGUCUGAUAUGUUAAUUACAAUAAUGUUUAUUUUGUACAUAUUUAUGUAUCUACACCAAGCUGAAAAUGUACAUUACUCCAUUUUAUAUGAGGAAUGUAAAUGUUGCGAUAUUACUGUCUCUGGUAUUCUAACAGGAAAAUGAAUUCUGUAUAUACACACUAAAAGUGAAUUACUAAAUAAAGCAAAACACUAACUUUGCAUUAAGUUUCAGCCUAGCUACACUAACAGGCUCAUGUCAGAAAUGCUUGUUCAAAACACUAUUGACUGAAAUCUUUUACCUUCAUGUAUAUGUAA